UGGACCGGCCGGGGAUGGGUCCGAUGCGCUCGGGCUGCCGGUACGAGCGGCCGCCGUCUGGGCAGCGCCGUGCUUCUGGUCGCUGAGCAGGCGCAGCGAGGGUGGGAGGCCGCCCCUGGACGCCGGGAUCUCGCGGGUCCCUGUCGCCGACGGCUAAGAGGGACUGGAGCCGAGUGAGUGGAAUAAGACGUGGGCGAGCCCCCGAGCCGGGCUCCCUCUCUCCGUGCUUCCGCCGAGCUCCUGUCCGGGAACCGAGCAAUGAGCUGCACAAUCGAGAAGGCACUUGCUGACGCGAAAACCCUCGUGGAAAGGUUGCGCGAUCAUGACGAUGCGGCGGAGUCCCUCAUCGAGCAGACCACGGCCCUCAGCAAGCGAGUGGAAGCCAUGAAGCAGUAUCAGGAAGAAAUCCAAGAACUUAAUGAAGUUGCAAGGCAUCGGCCAAGGUCCACACUGGUGAUGGGAAUCCAGCAAGAAAACAAGCAGAUCCGAGAACUGCAGCAGGAGAACAAAGAACUGCGGACAUCCUUGGAAGAGCACCAGUCUGCCCUGGAACUGAUAAUGAGCAAGUAUCGAGAGCAGAUGUUCAGAUUGCUCAUGGCGAGCAAGAAGGAUGACCCAGGUAUAAUCAUGAAGUUAAAGGAGCAGCAUUCCAAGAUUGACACGGUACACCGUAACCACUGCGGACGGGUCUUCCCCGAGGCGUCUCAACACAUCCUUGAAGCACCUCAGCGUGGACUGGAGAGGCGGCACUUGGAAGCAGAUCAGAAUGAGUUGGAAGCACACGUUGACCAGAUCGCCGAGAUGGCAGCAGUAAUGAGAAAAGCCAUUGAAAUCGACGAACAGCAGGGUUGCAAGGAACAGGAGCGAAUUUUUCAACUCGAACAAGAAAACAAAGGCUUGCGAGAGAUCCUUCAGAUAACCCGAGAGUCCUUUCUGAACCUUCGGAAGGAUGAUGCAUCAGAGAGUACAUCCUUAUCUGCCUUCGUGACUAACAGCGACCUGAGUCUGAGGAAGAGCUGAGUGGCUCUCUGCGCGGUCACUGGCAUGGGCUCAGAAGUGAGUGGAUGAACGAACACAGACGCAGCUCAGCCAGCCUGCUCCCCUCUACUGUCUGUACAAGUGCAGCGGCAGAGACAGGAGUGGAUAACCCGUGGUCGUGAACUCGACUGCAGAGUGUAAGUGAGGGUGGAAGAGUGAGCCUCACAGUGCUGCUGGGCGCUGCGGCUCACCCUGAACUCUCCCAAUAAACGUUUGGAAGUCCUAUGUUAGCCCUUUUAAUGUAAGGUUUGCCGUGGUUUCUGAGUGGAAGACUUUGUUCUAAGUCUUGUCCUUCCUGUUGAGUCUCCAAAGAGCUUGUGUACCACGAGGCUUCCGCCUUGGUCUCCUGUCAACCUUCCCAUUUGUUCAGUCAGUUCAGGCGCAGAGGCUCUAGGAAUGUGUUACUCGCACCACACACAGAAGGCGUCCACUUACACCAUCCCUGGUGCCCAUUUCUUUCAGCUGCAGUUGUUCAUGACUUGCUUUAGUGUAUGCGGUGCCAGCUCAGGAAGGAAAGAGAAGGAAUACUACUUUCUAAGAAAGACAGCCGUAAAUAGACACAUUUAGUAGGUUAAACUACUUUGAAAGAAUGUUUAUGGUUCUCAGUUAACAAACUGGCUUUCUUCCUCUCUUCUUGAUGUUUAAGGAUAUGUGACUUCUCACUGGUGGACAGUUGACAUAUUUAGUGUGUCAAAUGGGUAUGGUAAUCUCCAAGUAUAUUUGGAAUUUCUUUGUUUUUAUUUAAGAAAUUACUCUUCAAAUACUUAAAAAGUAGAUGCAGGUUCCAAGAACAAAGUUCUGGACCUGAGUCUAAGCCCCAUUUGCUUGGUUCUUAUAACCUGUGAGGAUUUCCCUACAACCUGUGACUCAGAAAAGGGCAGCGAAAUGCAGACCCCUAAACAUUAUCCUGUGCAGUUAAAAAAUAAUCAUACUUAUCAUAUGUAAAGCUUUUGAAGGCCACAAGGUACAGAAGUGUGCUUUAACACCAAUUGAAACUUAAUUGUUUCUGUGUAGUGAUCAGAACAACAGGAUAAAAAGUUGUGAUAUAUGGCUGAAAAUAUAGUAUUCUUAUAUGUCAGAUUCAUAUUAAGUUAGCACGAACAGAAUGUGUUACUUUCAAGUAUAUCAUUUGUUAAGGAAAUAUUACUUUGCAUUAUAAUUUUACAUAUUAUUUCAUGUAUUGGUAAAAUUCAAAAGACUUUGUGAUGAGGUGAGCGGGGUCACAGCUACUAGGGAAGGGCCAGUGCCCCGACAUUCAGCACUUCUCCUGCGGAGUCCUCAUAGUUUAUGCAUACAUGAAUUUAUUGCUGAGAUUUUUCUAUUGGUUUGAAGAGUACCCCUAAUGUAAUGGUUUGUUUAUUUGCUCAUGCGGGCCAGAAGAAAGGCCAAAAAGAAGAAAGGUGCACAGCUGAUGGAUCGGAGCCAGUGCGUUGAGCAGCUCUGUUGUAAAAUGUACUGAGAAGUCAUUAUUUUUAUAAAAAAAUAUUUAUCCUUUGUCUUGGGUAUGAUUUUAAGGUUGUGAAUAUUGAAAGACAUUUGCUUUGUUUUUAACAACAGUUUUCCACCACCACCACCCCCCAAAAAACAACUUUAUGCUUACAUCUGAGAGUGUGUGCUGAAGAGGGGCCUAUUUUAUCAAUAAAGACGAGUCUAGGACAACCUCAGCUUUAAUAUCAAAACAAAGCUCACAUUUCUUAAACACAA